UUCACCCUUGAAAAACGCCUAAGAAAAUGAACAUAACUUACACGGACCCAGAGGAGCAUUGCUUUGAUAAUAUAUUUUGUUACAGGAUACCUCGUACAGUAACUUCUAGAACAAUUUUAUAUUCUCUUUUUUUUAUUAUUGUUAUGGUAACCAUUGGUGGAAAUCUUUUUGUAGUCAUUUCUAUUUCUCAUUUUAAACAACUCCAUUCUCCAAAUAAUCUACUUGUCCUUUCAUUGGCAACUGCAGACCUUUUGCUAGGAGUUUGUGUUCUUCCCUUCAGCUUUGUGAGGUCUGUUGAAAGUUGCUGGUAUCUGGGAACUGCAUUCUGUAAGAUACAUACUAUUGUAGAUGUUACACUCUGUACAGUUUCCAUCUUUCACUUGGGAUUUAUUGCAGUUGAUCGCUAUUAUGCAGUAUGUGACCCACUGUGCUAUUCCACAAAAAUCACCAUAAAAGUGGCCUUCUUAUUUGUUUUGAUUGGUUGGGUAAUACCUUUUUUAUACAGUUUUAGCUUAAUUUUUUUUGACUCCUACAAUAAAGGUCAUGAAGAUAUACAUGCUCAGAUGUCGUGUAAUGGAGAUAAAUGCUUACUUUUGUAUAAUGAACUUUGGUCAUUAAUAAACCUCUGUACAUUUGUAAUACCCUGCUUUGCAAUGAUAGGUAUAUAUGGUCAGAUUUUUAAAGUAGCAAGCAGGCAAGCCAACAUGAUACAGAGUAUGGAAAGCAAAGCACAAUCUACUGAUGAAAAUAAAAACAAAAUUUCACACAGCAGAGAACGGAAAGCAGCAAAAACACUAGGUAUAGUAAUGGGUGUAUUUGUUUGUUGCUGGCUACCAUAUUUUAUUGUGAGUUUAAUUAAUGUUUAUAUUAAUUUUACAAUAUCUGAAAUAGUGAUUGAUGUGGUCAUUUGGCUAGGUUAUUUGAAUUCUGGUUUUAACCCACUCAUCUAUGCUUUUUUCUACCCGUGGUUUAGAAAAGCUUUGAAACUAAUGCUUACAUGUAAAAUAUUUAGUUCAAGUUCUUCAAAUAUAAAACUAUAUACUGAAUAA